AUGUCCAUGCCGCGACGCACACCAUACGGACGACACGUUGAUUACGGCUCACACAAGCGUCGACAUUCCUCGUACUCAGAUCUAUCACUGCAUGCCGACGCGUCUGGGUUCUCAUCGAAGAAACAAAAGUUGAGCCAUCCAGAUUUCCCGCCAACGACAUACUGGGAGAACUUAUCUAAAUAUCCCCACUCCAAACUGCAUCUUACAAAGGGAGCAUUACAAGCUUUAGACGAUAUCGAAGACCCCUGUCCCGCAAAAUCUAGUCUUACGCGACCCAGACGGAGCGAGCGGCUGGCUAUUUGGAGGCCUCUCGAUCCAAGAACCGAGCAGGCUCAGGAAUUUCUCCGUCGCAGCACUCCAACAUAUUUGGAAAAAGUCAAGCGUUUUGCAUCCCACGGUGGUCCAGAUCUCAGGGAUUUAAGAGGGUAUCCCUUUACUGGCCCAAAAUACAACAUGAGCUCUCGAGACUCGAGUCUUGGCCGCCGAAAACGAGGCUCCCAGUCUCCUGUUAAAAGAAGUGGUGCACCGAACACGGCCACAACAAAGAGCACAGGUCCAUACGAUACUAAUUUCCAGCAACAUUUGAUCAACCAUGAGAUCUACCCUCCUCGAUAUACCUAUCCAAAUGGCAGUGGCCCGCGACAACCAGACAACAUGGACGAAAUCAAACGAACCCUCGGGCAACCCCGGCCCUCGCUUUCGCCCUCGCAGUUUUCUGACGGCGCGUUCGAUUCGUUUCAAGACGCAGAUACACACGCUGCCAAGGAGGCACAGGUUAUGGCAAGAGUGAUUCCAAUCAUUGAAGGAAAGUUGGAAGAUCCCAAGUGUACCGCAGGGCAGAUUCCAUUUAAUAACCUCGAUCACUUGACUGAUGGCUCGCUCGUGGCCGGGAACCCGGACAUAUAUUACGGAGCACGUCCCGAACAGCUUCAACAAAAAGUACGGAAGCAGCUGAGCGGCAAGAUUGAACCUUCGACCCAGGACCAUCUGCCUGUGGCACCAAAUUUCUUUCUCCAUGUGAAGGGUCCUGAUGGAUCUCUCUCAGUCGCCUCUCGACAAGCGUGUUACGAUGGUGCACUAGGAGCGAGAGGGGUCCACUGUUUGCAGUCAUAUGGCCAGGCGGAGUCGCAAUAUGAUAACAAUGCUUACACCCUCACAUCCAUAUACCAUGGUGGUCAACUUAAGAUGUAUACCACUCAUCCAAUACCCCCGUCGGCUCCCGGAAACAAAAACGGCUUUGCCAUGACACAAAUCAAAACUUGGGCCUUGACUGGCGAUGCCGAUACCUUUCGACAAGGAGUUGCUGCGUAUCGGAAUGGCAGAGGCUGGGCAAGGCGACAGAGGGAUGAUGCGAUCAGUCAGGCAAACGAGAGACAAGCUAUCAUCGAAGCCGGUGCCUCGCUGGUCGACGAUAGCUUAGGACUGAGCUUCACAAGCGGGACAUCUGCUGCUGAAACCAUAGUUACUAGCCAACAAACCACCAAGUAUCCCGGUUCACCUGUGCCACUAUCAAAUGAGUCUGAGACAUCGGCAGACGAACUGUCGCUUGAUAUUAGACCACCUGUUAAGCCUUCUUAUUAG